AUGGCGUUCUACAUAGCCGCGUGCAUUUCAGACCUGCCGGAGGCACAGUCGCUUACGCCUAAGCAGCUGCAGACAGCCCUUUUGGACGCACUCCGAACUCUUAAGCGGUCCAGAUUUCAACGAGUUUGCACUUGGGGCAGGCGGAUGUACCGGUGGAGCACAUACACUUACAGCGCUGUCCAGAUGUACCAGAACCCAUGGCUAAUGAGGGCGCUGUUGGCUGCACUGUGGGCUGCUUCACGCGUGUCCAUGCGGGUGUUGCUAUGA